CAGCUAACUCCCACCAAUACUCGGGAACUUCGCUCCGAGAAACGCUCGAUCAGUCUAGAUGUUCGAAUUGCCGGGAUUCGUCAUGUUCGAGGCCGUUGCUUGAUUGAAGACGAUGAAGGACCUCAUGAUUGACGAUGACAGGUCGAGUUUCGCAGACGAUACGUCGAAAGCCACAAGCGCCACCGAUUGGACAACCACGUCCAGGGCGUCAUAAUUGUUGUCAGACGUCCCGAGUCGCUCGUAUUCGCCGCGGCGAGGGAAAUUCUCCGUGAGACAAACACACGUCAUGCGGAUCUUCCAAAAAUGAAAAGAGGCUCACGGUAUGACCUACCGAGCAUCCUGUCGGUCGUUUCUGCGGUUUCACGAAGCGAGUAUCCUAUUACGAGAGAGGACCCACACCGUCAUUUACCCUGGAAUAAAAGAUUCCCAGCGACGGCACGACCAGGGGGGCCUUUCGACAAUGGACAAAGAUGGAAAGAGAGAUGCGAGCGACAGAAACCGAUGGUUGUGCCGUGAUGUCUUGGAAUCGAGUGGAGAUUGCCGCCGAUUGUUUCGAACGCUGGGCGGGCGACGGUUGCGAACCCAGCAGAUUGAUGGCUGGCUGCUGCUAGAACGCUACUUCGUGAGGGGUUUGCAUUGUCGUUGCGUACAAUUUGUUCUAGGCCCUGCAUGCGGUGCAUACAUUUGGGCAGCAGCAUGUCUGAAUAUUAGGCGGUCUAUCAAUCGAUGAUGAUGAUGAUGGUAAGUCUAUCUCGACGAAUGGCAAGUGUAUUGAGAUAACGCGUGGUGGUAACAGGAUU